GCAUCAAUAUAAUUAUAACUUGAAAACAAACUAUAAUGCCACCACACACAAGCAUCCACACUAGUCCUCAAGAUGUUCUCAAAACUCUCUCUAUCUUUGCUUUUCAUCUUCACUGUAACAGCAACACCAUUAUCAGCAACAACAAGAACAACAUUAGAGUUUCAAGCUAAAGCUCUUCUCCAAUGGAAGUCAAAACUCAAGGACAAAGAUUCAGUCUUGAGUUCAUGGUCUCUAGCAACCACUCCCUGUUCAUGGCUUGGCAUCACUUGUUCAUCUCUAAACAUCUCUCAAAUAAACCUUUAUGGUAAAAACCUCACUGGCCGCCUUGACACACUGAACUUCACUCCAUUCUCCUCCUCACUCACCAACCUCGACCUUUCCCUCAACUUCUUUCAUGGCUUCAUCCCUCCAUCCAUCUCCAACCUCACCAAACUCACUACCCUUGAUCUCUCUGAAAAUCUUAUAACCGGUUCAAUUCCUCCAUCACUAGGAAAGCUCACAAAGCUAACCACAUUAUACCUGUCAGACAAUAGCAUCACAAGUACAAUCCUUACAGAGUUUGGCAACCUGACAAGUUUGUUAGACUUGAGAAUAUCCAACAAUUCCAUCACUGGAACCAUACCUUCUAGUUUGAGUAACUUGGUCAUGCUGAAUGUUUUGGAUCUUCAUAACAACUUCCUAUCUGGCUCUAUUCCUGCAGAGAUUGGCAGGCUGAAUAACUUGACAGUGCUUGGCUUGCACACAAACAACCUCACUGGAACCAUUCCUUCAUCUCUUGGGAAUCUCACUGGCUUGUCACUCUUGUACCUGUUUAACAAUCAACUCUCUGGUACCAUUCCAGCUGAGCUUGGAAAACUGGUGAACUUGGUGCACUUGAUUCUUUAUCACAAUAGUCUCACAGGUUCAAUACCGAGUACACUUGGGAACCUCAGUGCUGUCCAGUUGUUGUGGCUUAAUGAAAAUCAAAUAUCCGGUUCCAUUCCUGAAGAAAUUGGGAAACUGAGGAACUUGACAUGGUUGCAACUUCAAAGGAACAAUCUCCAAGGGACAAUCCCUGCUUCUCUUGGUAACUUGACAGAGCUCGCUCAUCUUAUUCUUUACAGGAAUAGCAUUUCUGGUUAUGUUCCUUCUGAACUGGGGAAGCUGGUGAAUUUGGUUGAGAUAGAUUUGUCUACAAAUCUUCUCACUGGAUUCAUUCCUACAAGUCUGGGAAACUUGAAGAAACUCACUACUCUGGCACUGUGGAGGAAUCAACUCUCUGGUUCUAUCCCUCAUGAACUUGGAAGUCUCACAAACUUGGUGAAUUUCGUUGUGGAGAUAAAUAAACUCACAGGUUCAAUACCUCCAUCCUUGGGAGAACUUAGAAACCUCACACACUUUCUUCUUUCAGGAAACCAGCUCUCCGGCGAGUUACCGAAGGAACUGGAGAAUCUAAAGAGCUUAACAUCAUUUGAAGUAGCCUAUAACAACCUCUCUGGUAACUUGCCACAGAGUGUGUGUGAAGGAGGAGCACUUGAGUUCUUCAUUGUGAAUGGUAACAAUUUCGAAGGUCCUCUGCCGAGAAGCCUGAAGAAUUGCACCAGUUUGGUUCGUGUGCGCCUUGAAAAUAACCGUCUCAAUGGAAACAUCUCUGAAGUCUUUGGAGUUUAUCCGAACCUAGUAUACAUUGAUAUGAGCUUCAAUGAGUUAUCUGGGGAGCUUUUACCUUUGUGGGGAGGAUGUCAUAACUUGACAAUCCUUAAAAUGUCUAACAACAACAAAGUUAAAGGGACAAUACCUCCAGAACUUGGUAACUUGUCCGAACUACAAGUGCUGGACCUCUCAUCAAACGUUCUUGUUGGAGAGAUACCAGGAGCUCUUGGUGAAUUAACAUCAUUGUUCAACUUGAGCUUGAGUGGGAAUCAACUGCAUGGAAGAAUUCCUAAAGAGAUUGGGAGGUUAAACAAUCUCGAAACUCUUGAUCUUUCUUCAAAUCAUCUGAGUGGAACCAUACCAGAACAACUGGGUGAUUGCACCAAGCUCACGAAGCUCCAGCUGAGCAACAACACUUUCAAUGGCAGCAUUCCGGUGCAACUGGGCAAUUUAGCAAGUACACUGCAAGAGUUGCUGGACUUGAGCAGUAACUCACUCACAGGACAAAUACCUUCACCAAUUGGAGCAUUGAGAAUGCUGCAAGACCUCAAUUUAUCUCACAAUCAGCUUUCUGGUUCCAUUCCAUCUAAUUUCAAGGAUAUGGGCAGCUUGUCUGUCAUUGAUUUGUCCUAUAAUGAACUUGUAGGUCCUGUUCCUGAUAAUAAGCUGUUUGCUAAAGCUCAUACUCAAUGGUUUUCCCACAACAAAGGUCUUUGCGGCCAAGUGAUCAAAGGUUUGCUUCCCUGCAAUUCAAUUUCUGUGGAUAAUGAUCAUUCUUCCAGUAAUAAGAAGAAAAUCUUCGCUGUUUUUAUCUCUGUUGGCACAUUGCUUCUCUUCUUUGUGACAAUUGGAACUGGCCUGUGGUACAUCCAUAGAAGAAGAUCAACAACUCAUGGUGAUGCAGAUGAAGGAACUAACAGAGCAGCAUUGACAUACUCAGUAUGGAAUAGAAAUGCAAGAAUUACAUAUGAAGAUAUCAUUGCGGCAACCGAAGACUUUGAUGCGAAAUACUGCAUUGGCAGAGGAGGUUAUGGAACUGUAUACAGAGCAACGUUGCAGGAUCAACAAGUGGUUGCAGUGAAGAAAAUCCAUCCUGUUGAAGAUGAGAAUCCAGUGGACUUGAAAAGUUUCAGGAAUGAAAUAGAGUCAUUGACAAACAUCAGACAUAGAAACAUAGUGAAGCUUCAUGGAUUUUGUUCCAGUCGAAGAUGCGAGUUUCUUGUUUAUGAGUACAUGGAAAGAGGGAGCUUGGCAAGUGUGUUAAGCACUGAAGAAGGAGCAAUGGAGUUGGAUUGGAUGAGAAGAGUGAGAGUUAUCAAAGAUAUGGCUCAUGCUCUAUCUUACAUGCACUAUGACUGCAUUCCAUCCAUAAUUCACAGAGACAUAUCCAGCAAGAACAUACUCUUGGAUUUUGAUUUCAAGGCUUGUGUCUCAGAUUUUGGCACUGCUAGACUCUUGAAACCUGAUUCCUCUAAUUGGACUUCUCUUGCCGGAACCCAUGGUUAUGUUGCACCAGAGCUUGCAUUUACAAUGAGAGUGACAGAGAAGUGUGAUGUCUAUAGUUUUGGAGUGGUGGCACUGGAAGUGAUGGUGGGAAAACAUCCAAUUGAACUCCUGUCUUCAUUACUGUCGUCAACCGAACAAGGCAUGCUGGUGAAGGAUGUGGUGGACCAAAGAAUUUCAGGUCCAGAAGGAUGCGUUGCAGAUUCAGUCAUGCAAGCAAUCAAAGUAGCAUUUGAAUGUUUGAACAGUGAUCCAGAAAGCAGGCCAUCAAUGGAGCAUGUGUCAAAUGAGUUGAGCAUCAGCAAACCAUCUCUGAAGCCUUUUAAUCUUGUAAAUGUGUCAGAGCUAAUGAACUAGAGGAUUACUACAUGUAUUUAUUAUUAGUCAAAUCCAAAUGUUACUGUUCAUGUAUUUUGUUUUGUUUAUUUUAAGUUAUUACAGCAUUCUAGUUGUACUAGUGUGAUGAUAUAUUGCAUAAAUCUU